CGAAAUAGAUUGCUGCAAGCUGACUACUUACUACUUAAGUGAAUUCCCCAGCUGAUAGAAAAUCUUUGCAAAUGUUGGGAACACAGAUCGUUUCUCACAAUAUAGGUUCAUGAUUAACAAAGAUAGACACAAGUCCAGAUCAAAGUUUGUCUGCGAACUAGUCAACUAGCUAAGCUAACGACAACUCAAUGUUAGCUUGACAACUGGAGAUGUUACACAAGUUGUUACAAAUAUUUGGUGCAUUGUAUACGACAUUGCGGAUUGUUUCCGCUGCUUCCCUUGUGAUCACAGUAAACGCAAACGCACCACUGAGGAAACUGAAUCAUUUCUGGAAGAGCACCGGGUUCUGCCCUCCUCUUCCUCACACCCAGGCAGACCAGUAUGACCUGAGCAGAGACCAGCAACUCAAUAUGGCAUAUGUGGGCUCCAUUCCCCACAGAGGAAUUGAACAGGUCCGCAUCCACUGGCUGCUGGAGCUUGUCACGGCCCAAGUUGUAAAUGGAGUACCCCAUUACAGCUUCUCCAAACUGGACCAAUUAAUAGAUCUGCUAUGGAAGAAUGGACUUAGACCAGGUUUUGAGCUAAUGGGCAGUGUGUCCAACUACUUCACCAACUUUGAAGACAAACAACAGGUGGCAGAGUGGAGAAACUUUGUGUAUCUUACUGCAAAGAGAUAUAUUGAGAGGUAUGGCCUAGGUUAUGUCUCUCAGUGGAACUUUGAAACAUGGAAUGAACCAAACAAUCAUGACUUCGACAACGUCACUAUGACAGUUCAAGGCUUUCUGAAUUAUUACGAUGCCUGCUCUGAGGGCCUGCGAGAGGCCAGCCCCAUCCUGCGUUUCGGGGGGCCGGGAGACUCCUGCCAUUCCCCUCCUCACUCUCCCUACUGCUGGGCCAUGCUGCAGCACUGUCACAACGGCACCAACUUCUUCACCGGGGCUACAGGCGUGCGGCUGGACUAUAUCGCUUUGCACAAGAAGGCCAUGAUUCUUGUGGAGCUACAGACCAGUGCGACAGUACUUCUUUUUCAGGGUGGAGGGGGGUCCCUUCCAAUCAUGCAGCAGGAAAUUGAAACGGUGAAAGAGAUCCAGGAGCGGUUCCCUCUGUUCCGAUCUCUGCCUGUAUACAAUGAUGAGGCCGACCCGUUGGUGGGCUGGUCUAAACCCCAGACAUGGAGGGCAGAUGUGACAUAUGCAGCCAUGGUGGUGAAGGUGAUCUCUCAGCACCAGAGCCAGCUCAUGGCCGGUCCAAGCAGCACCAUCAACUACACUCUGCUGAGCAACGACAAUGCUUUCCUGAGCUAUCACCCACACCCGUUCACCCAGCGCACUCUGACUGCCCGCUUCCAGAUCAACAACACACAGCCGCCUCACGUCCAGCUCCUGAGGAAGCCUGUUCUGACUGCGUUUGGCUUGCUGGCUCUGCUAGGAGAAACACAGGUAUUUUCACAUGUUUCAGUGGAGAGGAACUCUACAGACGACACUGUGGGGGUGCUGGCCAGUACCCAUGAGCCAGCCAUUCCUGGGACUGCAGACAGCUGGCAGUCCACUGUACUCAUCUAUAGCAGCAUGGACAACCAGACCUCACCUUCUGUCAACCACGUCAGCAUCCAGCUCAAUGGCUUCUCUGAUCACAAGGGCCUUAUGUAUGUAAUGUAUAAUCUGGACAACAAUGCCACCAACCCCUACCAGCUGUGGAGGAGCCUUGGCAGCCCAAACUUCCCCACAGCAGAACAGUUCAGACAGCUGAGGAGUCAUGAGGACCCCCGAGUGAGUGGACCCCUGCCCUUCCCUUCCGAGGGCAGACUGAUCCUGAAGGCAGAACUUCCUAUCCCCUCCAUCCUCCUUAUCCAUGUGUGUGCCCAAUCAAGAGCUAAGCCCGACCAGGUAAAUGGCCUGAGUUUUAUUUCUCUCACCAAAGGACAAGUUUUGGUUGUGUGGCAAGAUCACUGCAUCAAUUCCAGGUGUAUAAUAACAUAUGAAGUAGAAUUUUCCAGUGAUCAGAAUAGGUUCCGAAGAGUUAAUGCUCAGGACACCAUUUUUACGUCAUAUGUGUUUGCCCCAGAGAACCUGGAUGUUUGUGGUUUCUACAGAGUUCGUGCUGUGGAUUAUUGGGGAAGACCUGGAAAGUAUUCUCAGAUUAGUAAAUACUCUGAGUGCUGAUAAACUAUUGUACAUCAUUUCCUGUAGUCCUGUCAAAGGAACACAUUCUGUAAAUGUACAUAUAUAUUUACACAUAUAAUGGUAUGCUCUUGAUUAAUUCACCCCAAGGGACACUGGUUAGCCAGAAUUUAAUAC